ACCAGAUAUUGUAUGGUCUCUCUCUCUCUCCAAAGUCUAAACUCCAAAAUGUAGAAACUAGGAGGAGUAUAUAGCUUCUUAUUCUCUAAAAGUUCUUUCUAAAAUUUUGUUAAAAAAAAAAAGAGAAACAAAAAAGGGUCUUUCUAAAUAUAGCUUCCUUUCCUUCUCACUCUCUCACUUUUUCUCUUUCCACACAUACAAUACUCAAUCUUUUUGGUCUGGAUGAUAUAUAGAUUCUGUGAUGGGGUGAUUGUGUGCUAUAAGCUUGAUGUUCUUGAUGAUGGGUGUGUGGGAAAAUCUUCACUAGGGCAUGAAAAUCUUCAAAGGGCAUUGCUUUGAGCCCUCCAUCACAGUUCCACCACUGCUGAUCACUAGUGUAAACUUCUCAAUUAUAAAGACUGAAGCAAGAAGAAUGUAUAUAGGUUAUAUAUUCUUGACUGGACAUGGAUGUUCUCAGAAGUGUUGAAUUAUAUCGUGUAGGAGAGCUAAAGUAUGGACAGAACCAGAUUAGACUUAAGAUUUUAUCACUCUGGAUCAACACAGUCCGAGGAGUCUGCUCUAGACUUGGAAAGGAACUACUGCUGUCAUCCUAAUCUCCCUUCUUCAAGUCCAUCUCCCCUCCAGCCAUUUGCAUCUAAUGGUCAGCACUCUGAGAGCAAUGCUGCCUACUUCUCAUGGCCUACUUUGACCCGGAUUAAUGAUGCAGCAGAAGAUAGAGCAAACUACUUCGGAAACCUUCAGAAGGGUGUUCUUCCUGAAACUUUGGGGCGGUUGCCAUCAGGACAGCAGGCUACAACCUUGCUUGAGCUGAUGACCAUUAGGGCAUUCCAUAGCAAGAUAUUGCGUCGCUUUAGUCUUGGCACUGCCAUUGGGUUUCGGAUUCGAAAUGGUGUCUUGACAGAUAUUCCAGCUAUUCUUGUCUUUGUUGCCCGUAAAACACACAGGAAAUGGCUCAGCCAUUCACAGUGUCUACCUGCUGCUCUUGAGGGGCCAGGAGGUGUGUGGUGUGAUGUGGAUGUUGUGGAAUUUUCUUAUUAUGGUUCUCCGGCUCCUACUCCCAAAGAACAGCUUUACACAGAACUUGCGGAUGGCUUGAGGGGAAGUGAUCCAUGUGUCGGUUCUGGUUCCCAGGUUGCAAGCCAGGAGACAUAUGGAACUAUGGGUGCUAUUGUCAGAAGUCGAACAGGAAAUAGACAAAUUGGUUUCCUCACAAAUAGACAUGUAGCAGUUGAUUUGGACUAUCCAAACCAGAAAAUGUUUCAUCCUAUGCCACCAAGCCUUGGACCUGGGGUGUAUCUUGGUGCUGUAGAGAGAGCAACAUCUUUUAUCACAGAUGACCUCUGGUACGGAAUAUUUGCCGGAACAAACCCAGAAACAUUUGUGCGCGCUGAUGGUGCCUUCAUUCCUUUUGCUGAAGAUUUUUACAUGAACAAUGUAAUUACAACUGUACGAGGUGUAGGUGAGAUUGGUGAUGUUCGCAUCAUAGAUUUGCAGUCUCCAAUCAACAGUCUCAUUGGUAGGCAAGUGAUAAAAGUGGGGAGAAGUUCAGGUGACAGUGGAAGCCUCAUUCUAUUAGCUGGUCAGAAUGGAGAGAAGCCACGACCUGUUGGGAUCAUUUGGGGUGGGACAGCUAACCGUGGUCGCUUGAAACUAAAAAUAGGCCAACCUCCUGAAAAUUGGACUAGUGGAGUUGAUCUUGGGCGCCUUCUUGAUCUCCUGGAACUUGAUCUGAUAACAACUAAUGAAGGGCUUCAAGCUGCAAUCCAAGAGCAACGAAAUACUUCAGCAGCUGGGAUUGGUUCCACAGUUGCAGAGUCAUCCCCUGCUUUCUGUGCUAACUGUGGACCUCUGGGUCUUAACUUUCAUCAAGUACCAUUUGAAGGCAAAUCCUGUCUAGGACCCAGUCGAUCAUUAAUGCAUGGUGACAUUGACAUUGAGAAAGGUGUUGAAAAAGCUCCCUGUGCGGAGCUUGAGUUCAUUCAAAGUUUUGCUAGCAGAUCUCCAGUAAUUCAUAGAAAUCAAGAGGAACAUCCAGUAUCAAAAAACGUUUUAGCAUUGCGGAGUGGCUCCGAUGAAGAGAUUUCUGUUUCGUUGCAAUUAGGAGAGCCUGAACCAAAGAGAAGAAAAAACUGCAAUUCUUUUUUUAGCACUAAAUGAAGCAGGAAAGAGUAAUGGCUGCUCUGCUCCUUUGGUCUUAUAGUGCCUGCCAUAUGAAGGGAUGCGUCAUUCUGCACUCAAAUCCCAGACUACAAGUUCUCAGUUACACUUCAUUUCAAAGUGUGAAAUCACGAUGAACAACAUGGGUUCAGGUCACAUCUCAUCUUUCAUGAUCGUCGCUAUAUUCUUUCUUGGAUAGAUUGGGAAGGGUAGAAAUAUAUAGGUUAUAUAUAUGUGGAGCAUAUUAGGUUCUUAUAGAGGUGUUUAGGUGGUGCGCACCCUGUGUUGGUUAAUCUUCAAACGUAUCACUUUUGGUGAAAGUCAGUAUACGCAGCUGCUGGAAUCCAACAAUGUACAAUGUUAGUUUUUGGUCGGAGCCUAGCCUAGUAGAAAGUCCCUCCCUCUUUUUGAUGGUAGAAAAGGAAGGAGCCAGAUAUGGGGGGAGUACACCAUUUGUAUCUUCUCGAGUCGAAUAUGUGAACUCAUUUUGUAGCUAUUUGUAAAUGCGGCUUCACUCGAGAGAGUUGAGACUUUUUCUACCAUACAUAUCUUCUUUGUUGAGCACGCGUUUGUGCUUUGGGGAUCUUGUGCUGAAAUGAUCUCUCUCUUUUCCCUUGACCGUUUCUUGGUAUAUUCGGAAGGAAGGCCCGGCAAAUCUCAGCAAUAUCAUCAGGGAUGGCUUCAGUGAGAAAAUUGUGCCCACUGCAUUUUCAAGUGUGACUAAUUGUUGUUUAUACCUUGCUCUCAAAGGUGUGACAUUCAAAGGCCUAAAACAAAACUCAUAAAAACUAUGAAAAGUUGAGAAUAAAAUUUUGUAUUUUCUUACAUGACAUGACACCAAGGAGUACUGAAGCCAAAUUCUAAGUUCUAAAAUUAUGAUAAGAAUUUUUGUUUUUAUGAUUUUUCAAAGUCCUAAAACAAAAUUCAUAAGAACCUCAUAGAAGCUUAAAUUAUUAUACAUUUAUAGCAUGCUGUGACAUCAGGUAGUUCAAAACAUGACCUUGAUUUGUCCUUUGACAAGU